CUUGCGUACAAAUGGCUUACAAUGCAAUGCAAUGUUGAAAACAUUGUUUUGGUAAUAAAAUUAUCAAUUUAAAUGUGUUUUAAAUUAAUUUUAAAUAUAUUUAAUAAUCUGAUUGAAUGAUUGGUUGGGCGCCACAUAUACUAUAGCAAUGGCAACACUAUAUGUAUAUUAUUAAUACUACUUUAAAGACCGCACAGUUGCACAUCCAGACAAAAGGGACGGCAAUAGUGACUAAAUUAACGAACAGAUUGAAUGCAAAAAAAUAAUUGCUUCACAAGGAGUUGACUAUCAACUGACCGCUACAUAAAGCAUAAGAAGAAAGCAGUCUAUCAUAUAAUAUAAACUUAAUAAUGAAACGAUCGUUGGAUCCAUUAGUCAGCAGUGAUUGCAAGAGAGCACCCAUGAGUUCAGACAACAGUACCACUACUGCCAACACUACUGAUGCAAACCAUCAACAGAAGAAAUCGAGAAGAGUUGCCAAACAUUUACGAAGGGGUGCUAUAUAUGCCUCAUCAGCACAUGAGUAUAUGAAAAGUGAUUGGACUUGUGAUGAGUUGGAUCUAACCAAACAAAUCACUGUUUUCUCGGACCUAACGGAUCACAGACUUAAACUUAUCGAUGAAUUGUUCUCUGUUUUUACGGUUAUGGAGUUAAAGGCAUUCACUCCCGAAUUACUCAAAGAGUUUUCGGUGAAUCAAUUGAAGGAAAUGUGUUUAGAAGAGUUGAAUAUAAUGUCGAAACCAAAAAUAAAGUACAUCUGUGGCGGCAAUGAUCCUGAAAACUAUAGUGAGUCGGAUGUCAACCAUGAUAAUAAUGACAGAACAAGAUCGCAAAAAAUUGGUGACAAAACAAGUGGUGAUAGUAUUCAACUUUUAGUUGAUGACAAUGAAUACUCUGAUUUCUUAGGCAGUGAACAACUUCAACAAAAAAAAUUGAUAAAAGAAGUGAAGGACGCAGAGGUUCAGGCAAAUGAAUUGUCGUUAGAGUCGUCAUCUGACGAUGAAGUCAUGACCGAUGAUGAAAGACAGGGCGAGGGCUGGAGAAACUUGUUUGCUAAGACACAAAUGCAAAUAUUGGAACUGGAGUUUAGGGCCAGAGCUAUACGAUCACUCAUGAAGGCCCACAACGAAGAUCAACCCAUUGAUGACACCAACGCUCAAAGUGGUCAAUCAACUAAUGAUAAUCAAAACUCUGGACAUUCAAAGCAUGAGUAUGUCCUCAAUGAAGAUUCACAAACAUAUGACAGCAAUAAUAGUGAAGAAAAUAUAGGAUCGGGGGUUAAGUAUGUAGACAUUGGAGACAAAUCUAACUUUAGUGAUAGUUAUGACUAUGAAAAAAGUGACGAUAAAAAUGAUAAGAAUAGUAAAGUUAAAGAUAUUAAACAAGACUCUGAUGUCGACACCAAUUCAAAUGACUCACAUAGUUAUCAUUCAAAUGAUGAAAUCGAUAGAGAAGAGGGAGAGAUUGAUGACGAUAACAGUUGUGAUAAAUAAUACAAAUAAAUUAAUGUUAAACAAAUCAUA